CUGGCGGCGGCGGGGCUGCUGCUGGCCGCCUUCUCCGCCUCCGUCUGCAGCCUCCUGGCCAUCACCGUGGACCGCUACCUGUCGCUGUACAACGCGCUCACCUACCACAGCGAGCGCACGCUGGGCUUCACCUGCGCCAUGGUGCUGCUGAUGUGGCUGCUGUGCCUGGGCGUGGGGCUGCUGCCCCUCCUGGGCUGGAACUGCCUGCGGGACCAGAGCUCCUGCAGCAUCCUGCGGCCCGUCACCAAGGACAACGCGGCCGUGCUGGCCGUCACCUUCCUGCUCCUCUUCGCCCUCAUGAUGCAGCUCUACCUGCAGAUCUGCAAGAUCGCCUUCCGGCACGCCCAGCAGAUCGCCGUGCAGCACCAGUUCAUCGCCACGGCUCAGGCCACCUCCACCCGCAAAGGGCUCUCCACGCUGUCGCUCAUCCUCGGCACCUUCGCCCUGUGCUGGAUCCCGUUCGCCAUCUAUUCCCUGGUGGCCGAUUCCAGCUACCCCGCGGUCUACACCUACUCGCUGGCGCUGCCCGCCACCUGCAACUCGCUCAUCAACCCCAUCAUUUACGCCUUCAGAAACCCAGACAUCCAGAAAUCGCUCUGGCUGGCGUGCUGCGGGUGCAUCCCUUCCACGUUCUCCUCCAGACCAAGGACAUCCAGCGACGUGUGAGGACUGAGCUCGGAGCCGGAGGUGCUCCCUGGCUCUCCUCCUCCUGCUCUUUUUCCCCUCUGUCGUUAUUGUUUCCUACCGGGAGGAGCCCCCCGCCCGGCCAGCACAUCUCGUUCCAUGGAAAGAUGGCCAAAAAGAGAGAGAGGGAAAAAAAAAAAAAAAAAAAAAAGAAAAAGGGAAAAAGAAAGAGAGAGAGAGAGAGUAGAAUGAUAAUGGUUUCCUUUAGAAAUGUUAUUUUCUUACACAUUUUAUUUUUUAUUUAAAAACACAAAACACUAAAAAAACAAAAAAAAAAAAAAAAAGGAAGAAAAAGAAAGAAAAAAACAAAAACAAAAACAAAAAGGAUCCUCCUCGCACGAUGGCGUUUGUCUGCUCUCGGGGUAAGGAGCCGGGGGAGCAGCGGGCCCCAGCCGGGUGGUCCCACGCCUCGGGGGCACAUCCCAUGGGAAGGCCACAGGAGCGGGGGGAUGGCGAGGGAGGUGUCGCGUCCCCCCCCGGGCGGGGCUGGUCCCCACGCGUGGGGUGGCUGUGCCCACCCCCCCGAAAUCAGGGCCUGCGAUGCUAUGCAAUAAUGGGGGGCGAGCCCCGGCCGGGGGGCUGCGGGAGGAGGGACACGGGCACUGUGUCCCUGCGCUUCCACAAGCACUCCGGGUGACAAAACACUUCAGGUGUGGCUUGUUCGGGCUGUCGCAGCGAUGGGGGCACCCAGGGAAUGCGUUCCCUCCUUCCCUCCCCCCAAAACAGGGCUGGCGCUGUGGGGAUGGAUGGUGAGCGCAGCCGGGGUGCCCUGCACCCCAAAGCCUGGGAGGCCAAGGAAGGGCUCUCCUCGUCCAGCUGGGGCUCUGGGGGCGCUGCUUUCUCCCCUUCCACACGAGUUGUUUACAUGGGGUGGGAUUUUCGUCCAAAGAGGGGUCCGGGCUUGCUGGAGUCCCCGAGGGGGAAGCCUCUGUCACCGCGGCUGUCACUGCUGAUGCUGCCACUUUACUUUGCCUCGUUCGAGAAGCGCCGGGCCCCGACAUUCCUGUGCCGUGUGAUGUGCUGUGUGCUGCUGCUGAGACCGGGAUGAAGUGUCCUUUAUCCUGGGCUUUUCUUUUGGCCGGGAGGUGGAAUCGUGCAUUCGCUGCUGAAGCCAGGAAGGACCCGAGCAGCCCCCGGAGGGGUCCCUGGGGGUGGGACACCCAGGGUGGCUCAGGGCACAGGGGGGUCCUGCCAGGGCUCCUGGCAUGGGAGACUUGGGAGAGCUGGGUCUGGUACCCAAAUAUUCCGCUUUGCUGUAGAGAAAUGGUUGUGAUGCUGGAGAGGAACUUUGGAUGAGGAAGGGCUCCCAGUGCCAGAGGGCAGGGCUGGAUGGGAUACUGGGCAGGAAU